AUGGUAGAUCUACAUCUCCACCAAAUUUCACUGUCAAAUUCCUUGUAUUUCGCUCAUAAUCGACGAUUUUCUGCUCAAUUUUCCGCCCCCGUGUUCGUCCAGUUCGUCCUGUUCGUGCUCGACCGGCACUGUCGGCCCCGUUUCACCGGCACUGCCGGCCCGUCCCGCGCGGCACUGCCGCUGGCCACUCCUCCGCUCGUAUCCACGCCACCUCCACGCGCAGGCCGCACCGCAUCGCCGGCCCAAGCCGCGCACGCCCGCACCCAGCGCUCCGCUCGCCCAGCUUCCGCUCAGCUCCACCAGCAGCCAACACGCCCAGGCCCACGCCGCCCCACCACCUCGCGCCCACACCACGCGCGCCAGCCGCAGGCCCAAGCUCCGCCUCGCCACCUCCUGCCGGCUCCAUCUGCACCGCUCAAGCAAGCCAAGCAGCAGCAGCUCCGCUCCAGCCGCGCCCGCGCAUCGCCCACCUUGCCCAGCUCUCCCUCCAGCAUCCACCAAGCUGCAGCGCGCCCAGGCCACCUCCACGCUGCUGCCCAAACCGGCACUACCGGCCGAGUCGCCCCGGCAGUGCCGGCCUACGCACUCCGGCAGUGCCGCUCGUCCCACCCCGGCAGUGCCGGGAAGAACAGUUUCUUCCCCACGCGCCACAGUAGCUCCGGCCGGCCGACCCACCACGCCAUCAGGCCAUCCUCGCGCAGCGCGCACGCGCUCCGGCCGUCCGACCCACCACGCUGCCGCCUGCUCCCUGCAUCCUCCACCACGCGCGCGCUCAGCCCAAGGCCCCACGGCCGCCGCCACCUACCGCGCGCUCCGCGCCCGCUCACGACGCAGCACGCCCGGCUGCUCCCUCCUCGCCCCAGCGCGCCGCCAGCUCCGCCCGCCCGCUUGCUAGCUGCCGCCGGCCGCCCCAAUCACCAGCUCGCCCCAGCUCCACCCGCCGGCCGCCUCCCCAAGGUACCCACGCGCAACAGCCGCGCGCGGCCGAGCCAAACGGCCGCCCCGCCUCUGCAUCCGCUCGCCUCACCAGCCGCCGGCCACCUCCUUCCGCUCUGCUCACCACUGCCGCACAAGCCACGGUCAACCACCUCCACGCGCUAG